GUACAAACUUUCUCACACAGAUUAAAUAUAUUUGUCAGACAAAUCCUUGAAUAAAACGUUAAGUCCUUAAAACGUAACAUCCUUUAUCAUACUAUUAUUUUUCAAUAAAUUUUUCAAAGUCACCGGCGUUAAUUUUAUAUCAUCAUGAAUAUGGCAAUUUUACAAUAGUUGUAUCGCGGGUUCUAGUACAGAAGGUUGACAGUGCAGUUUGUUUAGUUUUCUAGGUAAAGAUAACGAAGAAUGGCCCAAAAGAACAGAGAAGAUGAGAUAAACACCAUUUUAAAACAAGUUGCGGAUAAUACUGGUAUCACAAAUUACGAAUUAAAUGCAGAAACAAAUGUUGAAACUGGUGAUGGAUUCGUCAGCGAGUUCUAUACAGGGUCCGUCAAAAACAAGAACAACAAUGAGAUGAUCCACGUGGCUAUAAAGAAAGCCCCAACUGUCAUCCCCGCAUACGGCGCCAGCCUGUUUAAAAACGAAAACAUAUUUUACCGCAGUAUUUUUCCAAGUUUGGAUAAAUUUCAAGAAGAAUUUUGUUUAAAGGUUUUCGAUAAUAUUCCAGUAUACUACGGCGGAAGUUUGGAACCGGAAAAAUUAUAUAUUUGCAUGGAAAAUUUGAAGCUAAAAAACUACGAAAUGCACGAUAAAAUGGAAUAUUUAAACCAGGCACAUUUGGAGUAUGUUUUCAGAACGUAUGGGCGAUUUCAUGCACUGUCUUUCGUUUUUAAGAGUCAGAAUCCCGAAAGUUAUGAAGAUGGAACAAAAAACAUCAUUGAUACGUUCGAAGAAAUAGUUGAAGGGAUUUCGGGGGCCACGAAAUAUGGCUUGACGGUUAUGUCAAAUUAUUUUGAAUCGCAAGCCGAUAAGAAACUUUACGAAAAAACUAAAACCUUAACUGAAAAUAUAACUGAUUAUUAUCGUAAAGCUCUAAAAUACGAAGGGCGUCACAGUUGUUUUACUCAUGGCGAUUGUUGGUCAAACAACUUCCUUUUUAAAUAUUCGAAUACUGGAGAAAUAGAAGACAUAAAGCUUGUGGAUUUCCAGCUUUGUAGAGAUAGUACUCCCAUACACGACUUAUCUUACUUUUUCUAUUCUGGAGCUUCCAAGCCCGAUUUCGACAACCUUGAUUAUUACUUAGAAUUAUACCACAAGGCCUUUGUUGAAUGCGCCAAAGAAUUCGACUGUAAUGGAGAGGAGUUAUAUCCAAUAAAGGUUCUGAAAGAAGAAUGGAAAACAUACAGUUUAUUAGGAAUCCUCAUGGCCAUCAUGUUAUGGCAAAUUAAACUGACCGACAAGAAGAAAUGUCAAGAAUUUACGGAGAGUGAAAAUAAGGAGGAAAACUGGAAAUCUAUUAUGAGUAAAAUGCUAGAAAGCGACGCGUAUAAAAAACGGGUUGAAAAUAUAAUACGUCAUGCAAUAAAUAAUGAUAUUAUUUAGUUUGUAUGUUUUAUUUC